AUGAACCACAUCAGAAGAAGACUACUCAUCAGUAUCACCCUCAACCAACACCACAACCACCAAGCCAGAAGACUCAUGAGCAACUUCCCAGAACCACCACCAGGCUAUCAAGCACACCAGGAAGCUUCAACUCAAAUCUUGAUCAAACUAGAGAAACAAGAACAACAACCAUCAGAAGCAUUCAUCAACCCAGUACAGGAAUACAAUCGAGACCUGUCAAUCUCAGCUAUCAAAGCAUGGAGCUCGAUCAGAAAUCAGGAACUACUAGAGAAAAAAUCAAACAACAGCUCAAAAAAUCAAAGAAAGAAGAACAGUAACAAUAAACGAGCAGUUGACCCUUCACCCGAGAAUGGGACUACCGACCAUCAUCACCAAUCUAAGAAACUCAAACAGUCAUCAGGCUCAGAUCAUCAGUCCAAUCCAACGAUUCAAGAAGACCCAACAUCCACGAUCUCAAAGGAAUCUGUCGAUCAGGCUGGACAGCCUCUGGAGCCUCAAGUCGACCGGAAUCCUAAGAAAGAAACUCAGCCCCAAAAGUUCACGGCACUCGAAGCCUUGUCGGCUACCGGCCUGCGCGCCAUCAGAUAUGCUAAGGAGAUCCCUACCCUCAAAUCAAUCAUUGCCAACGAUCUAUCGCUCUCGGCAGUCAACUUGAUCAAAGCGAACAUCACCCACAACGGCCUAGAUCCUAAAGACCCAUCUACCGAGCAAGCAAAAGUCCGUGUCAACCAAGGAGACGCCUGUGAUCUGAUGUAUUCUCAUCGGGCCCCCGAUCGGCAGUUCGAUGUCGUCGACCUCGACCCGUAUGGAACUGCUGCCCCGUUCAUUGAUGCUGCCGUACAAUGCGUCCGCAAUGGAGGCCUGUUGUGUGUCACCUGUACCGAUCUGGCUGUUUUAGCCGGAAGCGCCUAUCCCGAAAAAUGUUUCUCCAACUAUGGAGGGAGUUCGAUGCGUGCGGAAUAUUCGCACGAGUAUGCGCUCCGUCAAGUGAUACAUAGCUUGGCUAGUUCAGCGGCAAGAUACGGGAAACAGAUCACGCCUUUAUUGUCGUUGUCGAUCGACUUCUACGUCCGGAUCUUCGUCCGGGUGAAUCAUUCGCCAGCGGAAGUGAAGAAAUGGAUCACAAACACGGCGCUAGUGUACGUCUGUUCGGGCUGUGCGGCGUUCCAUUUCCAGCCUCUGGGGAGGAUGAACAGUAAGCCGACGAAGGCAGGUAACGGGGCCAACGUCUCGUACCAGAACGCACAUGGCCCUCCGAUGCCCGGCGCCAGCUGCGAGGAGUGUGGGGGCACGUUCCAUGUGGCCGGGCCGCUGUGGAGCGGUCCCCUGCACGACCCGGCGUUCUGUGACAGACUCUUGGAGGGUCUCGAGGCUGCUGAUGAUGAGCAGCAACAGCAGCCCUUGAAGACCGCAGAACGGAUCCGCGGAAUGGUCGGCCUGGCCAAGACGGAGCUUCCCGAGGCCCCGUUCUUCUUCACCCCGGCCAAGCUCUCGGGGCUCUUCAAAUGCUCCUCGCCCUCCCUCCUGACCGUCGGCUCGGCUAUCCUCAACGCCGGCUUCUCGCUCUCCAGGUCCCAUUGUCAGCCCGGCUCGAUCAAGACUGACGCCCCUAGGGCGUUCAUCUAUGAUCUCAUGAAGGCCUGGAUCAAUGCUCAGGCCGCGCCUGUACCUAAGUCUACCAAGGAUCUUGGUGCUGGUGAUCAGCCCGCUGCUGUUGAUGGUGGGAAUGCUCCUAGAGUCGACGAAAGUCUGGAUGGGGAGGUUAAGAAUGGAGACGUAAGAAAUGGGGAAGUUAAAGAUGGAGGCGUUCAAGAUGGGGAAGUCAAAAGUGGGGAAGUGAAAGAGGGAGAAGUUAAAAAUGGACAAGCAGAAGACGAGGGAGGCCUCAAGGCCGAGAAAGUCAAAGAAGGACAGAAGAGCGGAGGAGCUGGAGAACCAGCGGCAGAGAUAUCGGAAGCAUGUCGAGUCCAUGGGGCCAAGAACUCGAGCAACCCUCGGCUGAUGAGCUUAUUGUCCAAACCUAUGAGGUAUCAAGUCGACCUCAAAUAUAAUAAAUCGGUCGAGAAACUGCUCUUGACUGGCCUCAAAAUCGUCCGUUAUCAGGCUAAUCCGACUCCGAAUUGGGGGCCUAAGGCUCGAGCUCUUAAGAAAUAAUAUAUUCGUUUUCGUUGGUUGCUGCACUUUUUUUCCCCCUUUCUCUGUCGUAUCCUGUCACUGCAUUGUUGGCUUUUGAACAUCAGAUUGAAUCGAGUGGUAGGAUAAGAGAGAGGUCGUUGUCAAGGCUUGAAUGGAUUAAUGAUGCGUAUUGAAAGCAUUAUCUCUUGCCUCUUAUAGCAUCCGUUAUGUGUCUCUCUCAUAUGUUCAUUUACACAUUCAUACCCAUCUUCUACAUAUGUCUAUAUACUCUUUCUGGAAUUCACACCCCUUUUCAAAUCGCACUUGUCAAGUCUCUUCAUCCAUCGUUUACGUGUGUUUCUUUUUUGGGGGGCCUUAGAUUUGUUUCUUGCAGAAGACAGUCGUGCAUUGAUAAGGAUACCGCGGUCUUUCGGUGGAACGCUUAUGAAAAUGCAAGGAUGGCUGGCUUGUAUGUGAGGGAGUGUUCG